CGCGGGAGAGACAGGCGGAAGUGAAAACCCCAAACAGAGCAUUCGGAAAGGAUUUCAGGAUUUCAUCUGGAGCCCCAUUUCUCAUCUUCCCAACCAAAGUGCCAUGGCCAGACUGUUGAAAUGGCAGAUUGUGUCUUUAAUGUCGCUUCUCUAAAGUGAAGACAAUGGAAGAGGACAUCAGCCAGUCACUGACCCUGCCGGUGUCACCCUUCGCAGGGGAAAGCCAGUGUGAGCUGACCCCAGCCCUGCCACCCUGUUUCUCCUGUGCAUCUGACCRGGGUCGGGAUGACACCCGGCCACUGUCAUCUGACAGUUAUAUUGGCAGGGGCUCCCUGAAACGGCUGCUGUUACGUCUGUCCCCGGCCCCUGCAGACUAUGAAGAUGACACAGUGGAUAUCUUUGGUUUCCCAUGGGUGACAGAGACCGCUCUGGUGGAAUCUACCAAGCUUUUGUUCGGCCUGUUCAGGCAAAAGCUUCUUAAAUUAGAGACCCUGGUGCAGUCCAGCUCUCAUGACUUUGGCCAAGCCAGCAGCCUCCAUUAUGAGGCAGAAGACCUUAGGCAACAAUGUGUGCUGUUUCUCCAAUAUGUCAAAGUCUUCCUAUACAGGUACCUGGAGCCCACCUGUCCCCUGGAGGAGGGCCCCUGUCACCCCUAUGAGGAGCUGGAGGCUCAGCUACCCUCUGCUCUGCUGGAGGAGCUCUUUGGGGUCACCCUCCUCAUAGGGCGCCUCAAAGACCUCCCAGCCAACAUCCAGAGUGCCCUCACCAUACAGCACCAGGGCAAGCUGUUUCCUCCCUCCUGGCAUUUGUUACACCUCCACCUGGACAUCCACUGGUCAGUGUUGGAGAUUCUCCACCUGCUGGGGCAGAGGAUGCAAGGUCAGGUGGUGUACGCCCACCAGUUUGUGAACCUGACAGGGGAGAACCUGACCAACAACAGCCUGUUUGAGGAGCAUCUCUGCAACCUGCUCUCUGACCUCACUGGCAUGGCCAUGGGCAAAUACAGCAAGUUGUUCACAGUGCCCUGGUUAGGGGUGUCGGGGCUCGGCAGCGUGAGCAGAACCCCCCUGGCCCUGUUGGACCAGGCCCGGAGCUGCUGCUCCCCCUCCCCCCUUCGUUCCUCCGGCCACACCCAGCUGUACCGCUCAGCCAACUCCUUUCAGAUCUUCCUCAGAGUGCUGGCUCUCUACCUGGCCCAGGAGGACGCAGGCGGCGCCCCUUGGAGGCAGAUCAAGGGCAGGGUGUACUCCAAGUUCCACCGGCGGCGGAUGCAGGAACUAUCCGAGGCUGGGCUGAUGAAUUUCCUGCUGCUGUUCGUUGUGGUGGCCCGGCAGGCCGAGCUGGAGGACGUGGCCGGCCGGGCCUGUGAGCUGCUGGGCCUGCUCCCUCCGGACUCCCCCCCUGCCCAGCGGAGCCUGGUGUGGAGGGGCCAGCUGGCUCUCUUGCUGCUCUUCCAGGAGAGGGGCCUUGACGUGGGGGCCCAAGCUAGCUGGCUGGCCUCCUCCUUCUCUCAGACAGCCAAGGAGUUCUACCUGAAGACCACAGAACCGUCUCGCCGCCUGGCCCUCUGGGGCCCCCUGGGGUCCUACCUAGAGGGCGUGGCCGAGGUGUUUGAGACGAGCGCGAGUCUCAGUCUGUCGGAGGAGAAGCUACUCAACGAGGGGUUCGGUCUGCUGCUGCCUGCCUGCCGCCAGUCGGAGCUGAGCUCUGCCCUGGGCUUUCUGCAGAUCGUGCUGAGGGAGCUACGGAGGGUCCAUCAGUGCAAUGUCCAGCCUGGCCACUCAGCAUGUCCCCCCGGUGCCUGGCUGCCUCCUUCCAAUGCCAGCGUGGGUAAAGACCGCCACCUAGCGGUUGCAGCAGCUCUCUGGGCCCACUUUUUCCCCUUCCUCCGCAGCCUGCGCCUUUCCAACACCCCUCCUGCCCAACUGGCUGAUGCUGCCGCAGGAUUUACACUGCUGGCCUUUGACCUUCCUAGCUCUGCCCCCCAAGACCUCCAGCCCAACCCCAUCCAGUCCAUCAUGCAGUGCUUCAGCUGGGACGACAUGCUUCACCCCCUGCUAGUGACUCGCUACCUACCCCACCUGCUCCAGAACAGUGAGCUGGUGUAUUCAGUGAGCUCCGGCUGUGGGGGUUCCGUGUCGGGCUCAGCCCAGACCCUGUCUGUGAGAGCCUGGUUCCGCUGUGUUCUGCAGCAGCACAUCCACAAGAACCCAGAUGGCACCGACAGCAGAGCAGGCAGGGCUCUGGAGGAGCAGUUGUCGGAGCUCACUAGGCUCGUAUUAAGGCUCCCUGAGGUGGACUCCCUACUGCAGAGGGCCGGGCUGCAGCCUGGAGCCGGCAGCAAGCUAGUGCCCAGGUCUGCUCUGGAGAUGUUCAUCAAGGCUGUGGGGCGUGUGUACAGUGGGCUGCAGGUGUUGUCUGAGCGUUCUGCCAUGGUCACCCGUGCUCUGGACUACACAGGGGACAUCAUGAAGUAUAUCAAACACUACCUGGUCAAUAAGAGUCCUCAGGAGGGGCUGCUGCUGGCCUACUGGGCUGUGGGGUGCGUUGUGAAGCACUGGAGUCCCCUGCUUGCCACCUCCAAGGCCCAGCAGCUGCUGUUCAACAUUGUAAACGGGCUGCUCCUCCCUAACUCUCUGUCUGGGCUGGACAAGGCCUUGAGGGACAGCCUGCCCCUCUACCUGCAGGGUCUGUCUAUAGCAACCAGUAUGUCUCAGUCGCAGGGCGCCUACCUGAAGAAGCAGCUCCGGGAUGUCAUCUCCAAGUACCUUGACCAUUUCCUGCCUGCCACGCCAUUGGUUGGAGCCAUAGCCAAUCACCCGGUGCUGCUGGCGGCCUGCGAGGCCACGCCCACCCCGCGUGGGGCAGCACUGAGAAGGAGCAUCCUGCAGGUGAUCAGUGAGAACUUCCUGCAUUUCAAAGGCAACGCCCCUCCUCCCCGCCUGGUCACGGUCCUGGCCUUCCUAUUGGAGCUGCUGAGACGGAACAAUGACAGUGACCCCGCCCUGCUCACCAUGCCCCUCCCCUCUCUGCUCCGCUGCCUGAAGCUGGUCAACGAGCCUCACGUGAGGAGGACCAGUACAGAGGCCCUGCAGCUGGUGGUGGAGAGAUGUUCAGGCGAUGCACCAUGCGACCAGAUCGUCGCUGUCCUACGGUCCUUUGUGGAGGAGAACGAGGGGUUGUAUGACAGACAGGUGUACAGUGUUCUGGAGACGAUAGCUGUUCUGGACAGUCAUGUGGUCCAGGUGCUGAUCCCUGUUCUGUCGCUGAGUCUGAGGAACACAGAACACAAGAGAGGACUGGGCAAGAACACCACACUGAGGAAUGCUUACAGGAAUUUGCUGACCCUGCUGGGGGACGGUGGUCAGGCGGAGAUCAUCAGCCUGGAGGAGGACUGACCCUUGACCCCCCCAGGACCAGGUCACCAUGCUGUUGACCUCAACACCACUGGGCUUCAUGUAUAUACAURAUGUAUAGAAAUUGUCCUGUUGGUGACACAGAUCAUCAUUUACGGUCAAGUUUCCAUCUUCAUAUUGAAAUAUUUUUCAAAAAGGUGUUACGAAAUACAGUAAGAUCAUGUGGAAGUGCAUGUGUUGUAUUUCAGUUUCCUAAUUUCACAGGCAUGGAACGAGUGUGUGACGCAUAUAGACACGUGUAUAAUAUU